AGUAAGGAAGUGUUCCCCUAAGUAAACACUGCAUUGUUUCUGACUUGUGAAACUUUGGAAUUAUUCAUGUGACUCUAGAGUGAAGGAACAUCCUCAAAUUUCAGCUGAAAUUUAUUGGUUUGUGUUGAACUGUGAUUCUGUGAUAUGAAGAAAUACUGGUUAUGCUGAGCUAAAAAUUAUAUACAGCACAAAAUGUGUCAGACUUGUGAUUUCAAAUGUCUACAACAUCCUGAAUUGAAGCACUUGCUUUAUUGUGGAAUGGUCUUUCUACGUAAUUCAUGAAAACUCUGCCGUGAGAUCCCAAUAGAUAUAAGAACAGUUCGAUCAGACUCCUGAUUGCUUGUUCAACUUGUUAACUGAGAAUCUGGACUGAAUUGAAGAUUUGAAUUUAGAAUAUUAUUUUCCUAAACUUUUGAGAUUUACUGUUUGCUAAUUUAAAACCUUAAAUUUUGGAGGCUUGGUCUCAAUAUUUUUAUCAUUUUGAUUAUUUGUGAACAGCUUUUCCAAAUGUCUGAACUUUCUGAGAUCAGGUCUGGCCGUUUUCCAGCAAAUCGUUCCCAGAUUCAACAAAGUAUUUUGGAUGAUCAGAUCGAAUUGUGGUGGUUCCAAGAUGCUAAAAGAUCCAUCUUAUGUUAUUCUGUGGCAUUAGUCUUGAUCCUAGCAACUGGAGUGGGGGGAAUUGUCUUAAUCUCCACAGUUACUAGUAAAUCUGGAGAAUGGAGAUUGGGAGUAGGCAUUUUCCUGUGUUUAUUAACUUUAGUUAUCCUUUUUAAACAUUUGCUGACCUCUGCUGUACAGGAUAUGAACUGUGUAAGGAGUCGAGCUCAGAUUGAUAGGUUAAGGAUUGGAGGAUUAAUUGAUUAUUUGGUCAUUUUAUUCACUGGAUUCAUGAUAUUAACCAGUGGUUAUGUACUAAUAAUCCUAGCAAAUGCUGAUCCCUAUCCUUCAGGUCAAAUCUGGAAUGAUAUGUUAAUUGCUGGAGUGAUUCUCACUGUGGCUGGGUCCAUUAUUCUCCUUUCACUCUUUCUCUAUGUUAUAAUAUUCAAGCUCUGUCCCCACUUAGCAUCUAGGUCCACAAACAGAAGGGUCCCAAGUAUUUAUACCAUAUCUGGAGGUAACUCAGAGGGGAGGCAAGGGGGUUUCCUCUCUAGUACUGCCAAUCUGAUAUAACUAACUGACUCCAUCAGGAGGUUGAGAUUAGUGCACAAAGUGAAUUUAUUUUACUGCUAUUUGACAUUCUAAUCAUGGAAUAACUGCAAGAAUGAUCUGAUUAAAUAUGUGAAAAUAAUUUAAUGCUAUAAUAUACCAUUUUUUUUAUCAAUUGUAAUAAUUAGAACUGAUAAUGAUAAGCUGUAACACAUAUUGUCUGUCUGUGGAAUACACAGACAUUAGUGACCAAAAUGUGAAUGAGAUAAAAGUUAUAAGGGAUUUUUUUCUGUAAUUCAUAAUAAAUCAACUUCAUGGAA